AUGCCAUCUACUUCUAAAGCUUCUACUGUGGGUGUACUAAUAAAUGAUCAGGAAGUUUUGCUUGCUACUGUGUUAGUAAAAAUUAAAGAUGCCUUUGAUCAAUGGCAUACCUUUAGAGCCGUUCUUGACGGUGGAGCUCAGUCCAGUUUUAUUUCUAAAAAUUGUGCUAAUAAAUUACAUUUAUCCAAAUUUAAUAUAUCUAUGUCCCUGCAUGGUCUUAAUUCUAUGUAUGCUACUGCCAAAAAGGGCGUGCAUUGUAUAAUUUCAUCAAUUUACAAUUCAAGUCAUACCCUUUCACUUGAUGCCGUUAUUUUGGAUAAAAUAUGCGACGAUUUAUCUUCUGUUUCCUUUUCAAAAGAAAACUUUACUUUUCCUUCUGAUUUGCAAUUGGCGGACCCUUACUUUUAUAAAAAUUCUCAAAUCGAUCUUUUGCUUGGAAAUGAUAUUUUUCCAUAUAUUUUACAAGACGGUAAAAUUGAUGACGGUCCAGAUAAACCAGUAUGCAUUAAAACUUACUUUGGGUGGACUAUAACUGGCAAAACUUCCUAUGAAAAACCAAAUAAAACGAUAAAUACGUUUUUUACCACAUGUAGUACUAAUAAUUUAAAUCAAACACUACAAAAUUUUUGGCAAAUUGAAGAAGUACCAGAGAUUCAUGCCCAAUCUAAGGAUGAUGAAUAUUGUGAAAACUACUUUUUAAACACAACUUACAGAACCGAAUCGGGACGUUACGUAGUUUCUUUGCCUUUUAAAAUAACAGCCCCUGAUUUUGGUGAUACUUACAGUGUGGCUUUACGUAGAUUUUUAUCUCUUGAAAAACGGUUCUUACAAGACAAAGACUUUCAUGCUUCUUACUCAGACGUAAUUAAAGAUUAUUUAGAUAAUAAUCAUUUACAAGAAGUUACUAAACCCUUUUGUUCCAAAAUUUCUAAUUAUUUUUAUAUAAGUCACCAUGCAGUUUUUAAAAAGGAUUCGACAAGUACACCCCUGCGUGUAGUUUUCGACGCUAGCAGUUGUGCCAGCAAUAAAUUAUCUUUGAAUAAAGCUUUGCAUACGGGACCAAAAUUGCAACAAGAUUUACUUAGUCUUUUGCUUAAUUUUAGAUUGCAUAAAUAUACCUUUACUUGUGAUUUAAAACAAAUGUUCAGAAACAUUUUACUGAAUCCGAAGGAUCGUAAUUACCAGAGAAUUCUUUGGCGUUUUUCUCCCAAUGAGCCUAUUUUACACUACCAAUUGGAUACUGUUACUUUUGGAGUAGUUUGCAGCCCAUUUUUAGCCAUCCGCACCCUUCUUAUGUUAGCAGAUGAUUAUAAAGAUCUUCCUUUAGCGUCAGACAUUCUUAAGUCAUCAAGUUACGUGGAUGAUUUAAACGGGGGUGGAAGUAGCCCUGAGGAAUUAAUUGCUAUAAAAAAUCAAUUGGUUGAACUUUUGUCUAGGGGUGGGUUCGAGGCACGAAAAUGGGCCAGUAACUGUCCUUUGCUACUCAAAACUUUACCUAAAACACAUGUUGCCCAAGACAUUUCGUUCGAUCAGGAAGAAAAUAUAACUUUAAAAAUUUUGGGUCUAAAAUGGAAUCCUAUUCGAGAUUCAUUUUUCUAUAAAGUCAUUAUUGAUGAUACGGGAUGUACAAAACGUACUCUACUCAGUCACUGUGCUAGGGUGUUUGACCCUUGUGGCUAUCUUACCCCUAUUACAAUUUCUAUUAAAUUACUAAUAAAAUCUCUUUGGAUUGCUGGUAUUGAUUGGGACGAAAGACCACCCUCUGACAUUAUUACUAAAUGGAAUAAAUUUAAGACGGAAUUAAAUAAUUUGCAUUUGGUUGAAAUUCCACGUCAAGUAGAUGUUACUGAGUCUAAAUCACACGAAUUGUUUGGUUUUUGCGAUGCGUCAGAACGUGCUUAUUGUGCUGUCGUAUAUAUUCGUGUAUUUUUCUCCCGAGAAUUUCUUUAUAAAACCUACCUUGUCUGUGCCAAAUCUAAAGUAAGCCCUCUAAAGGUAGUAACUUUAGCGCGACUUGAGUUACUUGGCGCUGUUUUGCUUAGCAAAUUAAUGCAUUAUGUUUUGAAUAUUUUCUCACAUAAAAUUAAAUUUACCAACAUAUUUUCAUUUACUGAUAGUUCCGUUGCCUUAACAUGGAUUAAAAGUUCUCCUCACCAUUGGCAAACGUUUGUAAGCAACCGCGUUUCUUAUAUUCAAGAAAAAUUGCCACCCGAAUAUUGGCACCAUGUUCCCUCUGAACUGAAUCCAGCCGACUGUGGAAGUAGAGGUUUAUGUGUCUCUGAGCUCGCAGAUUUUUCUCUUUGGUGGAACGGGCCCAGUUUUUUAUUACAAAACAGAGAGGAAUGGUCAUUUACAAAAUUUGAAAUUCCUAGUAUCGAUUCUUUUAAUUUUGAGAAGAGAAAGACUGUUUUAAAUACUUUAAUAACACAGCAAUCUCCUCAUUUUAUUGAAUCUUUAAUUGAUAAAUAUAAUUCCUUGCCAAAGAUUAAAAGAAUUGUAGCUUAUAUUUUGCGGGCUUCUAAGAAUUUCCAGUCCUUUAAAAUUAAAGCGACAGUUUUAAAUACUUCUUAUCUUACUUUAUCAGAAUUAAAUAAUGCUCUUUACUUACUUAUAAAAUUCAUCCAAAAUCUCUAUUUUGCUGAAGAGAUUACAUUGCUUAGACAUAAUAAACGUAUUUCGAAAAGUCUUCAGAAAUUAAGACCUUUUUUAGAUAAAGAGGGCUACUUGAGGGUUGGUGGUAGACUCCAUAACUCCGAUUUGUCGUACGAUAAAAGAUUUCCCUUGCUUUUACCAGGUAAUUGUAAAUUUACGUCCUUACUUAUAAACGAAUUACAUCUUAAUUACUUACAUUGUGGUAUACAAACCACAUUAAAUUUGCUAUUUCAAAACUACUGGAUAAUCUCAGCAAAGAGAAUAGUUCGUAAAGUAAUCCAUAAAUGUCAUAUUUGUUGGAAGGUUAACCCGAAACCAUAUCAACCCCCUAUGGGUAAUUUACCUAAGUUCAGGGUAUCCGCAAAUUCCAAAGCUUUUAUUAACUGCGGCCUGGACUUGUGUGGACCGUUUCCAAUUACUAUUGGCCGAUUAAGGGGUGCUAAAGUGCAUAAAGCAUACGUAUGCUUAUUUAUUUGCACUAGUACAAAAGGUGUUCAUUUGGAGUUGCUAUCGGACCUUAGUGCAGAGGCUUUUUUGGCGGGACUUCGCAGAUUUGUUGCACGGCGCGGAAAAGUACUUAACUUAUAUUCAGAUUGCGGUACAAAUUUUAUUGCUAGUGAAAAAUACUUACGUCAAAUAUUUUUAAAAUCUGCCGAAGUUGAACCAAUUACGUGGCAUUUUAAUCCCCCCUCUGCCCCCCAUAUGGGUGGUAUAUGGGAAGCAAAUAUUAAGUCCAUUAAAACUCACUUAGUACGGGUAGUAGGAACUCAGAUACUCACAUAUGAAGAGUUUAAUACGGUAAUUAUACAAAUCGAAGCGGUACUUAAUUCAAGACCACUUUCCCCUAUAAGUUCAGACCCAUCAGACUUAUUGCCACUUACUCCUGGACAUUUUUUGACCCUACAACCCUUAACUGUUCUUCCCGAUCCGGACUUUACUAACACAAAUAUUAAUCGCCUUACGCGUUGGCAGCUUUUACUUAGACUGCAUCGUGAUUUUUGGAGGCGGUGGCAUUGUGAAUAUCUACAUACUUUGCAACAAAGAGCCAAAUGGCAUAAUGCAAUAGGUAGAGUAGUACGGGUACUAUGGUAGCUAUUAAAGAUGAUAAGUCGGCGCCUUUACACUGGAUUCUUGGUCGAAUCGCGGAAGUUACUUUGGGCAAGGACGGGGUUCCUAGAGUGGCAACAGUACGGACAGCCAAAGGUAUACUUAAAAGACCUUUGGUAAAAUUGUGCCCACUUCCAAACCAAUAAUUUAUUUAUUGUUUCAUGAAAACCCCUUGGUUUUCAUGGGCGCGGGAAUGUUCUGUUCUUGUAGUCAUCUCAAUUUCACUUUAUUGAUUAGUUUAAUACUUAGUUUGAUUUAGUUUAGUUCUAUAAGUUAUAUUCUUAAGUGCAUUCAAAGUAUCGCUUCUUGCUGCUAAUAUUUUUUUGUUUUACAUAAUGAAUGUCGAGAUUUGCCUUGUUUCCUCGCCUCUCCCUAUAAUAUUUCCUUACUUGCUAUUCUUUACUUUUACUACAAACCUGGUACAUACCCAAAUAAUACGUCACACGCAAGUACUGAAAAGACUAACGCGGGGAAUCGAGGUGAAAACACUCGGUACUAGAUCGUCUUACUGUUAAUAACCAUUUUACGACCAGUAUUCGCGCGGCCUUCCGCAAAAACCUCUUGUGUUAUCCUGAUCCUGACUGACCCCUAGGCACUGCAUUCAUUUAUGUUGCGAGAAGAAUUCGUAAAUGGUCCUUGAAAUUGAAAUUAGGCGCUGCUGUAUAUAUGUAUAGCCUGCUCGCAUCUGGGGAUAUUGCCAGCAGAGAAUGGAUCAAGAUGCAGCCAGGGCAAAUAAAGAGGAUAAUGGGCCUUGUUUUGCAUCAAGAACUUCGUAAUUGAAAGGGAGGUUUAUUGCUUAAAUAUGGAGGUUU